AGUGUCAUGUGAAAAGGCUUUUCUAAAACUUCAAAAGUGUCGAUGGUUUUAUUUUGAAUUUUCAUCAUUCAAUAAUUCCAUUUAAAUUCAACAAAAUUAUAAUUAAAAAUGUUUUCUCGUCAAGUAUGCCGAAAGAUCUUCAAUGGAACAACGUAUAUGCGUCCAUAUUGCAGUGAUUCGGGUCGCAUAGAAAAAACGGUCAACAGCGUCACGCUGCUAGGUCGUGUCGGAGCUGAUCCGCAAAAGCGUGGCAACGAAACGCAUCCGGUGGUCACCUUCUCGUUGGCUACGCAUUCCAACUAUAGGUAUGAGUCUGGCGAUUGGAUGCAAAAAACUGACUGGCACCGGGUUGUGGUGUUCAAACCGGCACUGCGGGAUGCUGUUAUGAACUACUUGAGGAAAGGCCAAAGAACGAUGGUCAGCGGAAAGAUUACCUACGGCGAAAUCACCGACCAGGAGGGCAAACAGAGACCAACAACCAGCAUCAUUGCGGAUGAUGUCAUCUUUCUGCAGAACCAGAGCAAUUGAAAGUACUUUUCUAUAGUUGCCAUACGUUGAUAUAAGAAUAAAAUUAAGUAUAAAUAUUUGUUCAA